AUUACGAUAAAGUCACCAUGCCAUUCAAAGUAAAACCACAGGUCAUAUUGUAACAUGUCGUUCGGUAAAACAUCUGUAAAGUCAUUAAAAAAAAGUCUGCGUGCCUGUAAGAGACUCUUUAAGAAGAAACAGGAGGAACCCAAGACACGCUAAACAAAGAAAUCCGACCAAAAUCCAGGAGGCGGACCGCCGCAGACUCUGCCCACUUCUCCAUAAUCUUCUCUCUCAUUGGUCAAAACUCGAAGCUCCUCUUCGCCUAUUGGCUGGCUCUGCCGUCACUCGGAGCAGUUCUUGGCCGGCCAGUGUUAAGCUGCGUCGGGAUCAGAAGACGCAAAUCAAGUGAAACAAAUCUUCUGACAGGAGAAAAGUUCAUGCUGGAGUUUUGAAAGAUCUCCGAGGGCCACAUGAAGUCUAAACUCAACAUGGAGAGUUUGACCAAGCCAGAGUUGCUGAUGCUUUUCAGCAUCCUGGAGGGAGAGCUGGAGGCCCGGGACCUUGUCAUCGAAGCCCUAAAGGCCCAGCGUAAAGAGCUAUUUAUCGAGGAGCGCUAUGGAAGGUACAACCUCAGCGACCCUUUCCAGGCCUUGCAGAGAGACAAUGAGGCUGUAGGAGGCCAGAGCAAGGAACCCAGCUGUUCUUCCGUCACCUCCAACCCUCUGGUGGUUCUCAAACUGGUGGUGAGCCACUGCAGGAGGAUGCAGGAGAAGAUGCUGGCCCAGCUGGCUGCAGCUGAGAGCAGGCACAGGAGGGUUAUUGCAGACCUGGAGGAGGAAAAGCGGAGGCAUGCUGAGGACACAGCAGAGGGAGACGAUGUCACUUACAUCCUGGAGAAGGAGAGGGAGCGCUUACAGCAACAGCUGGAAUUUGAACGGAGCCAAGUCCGCCGACUGGAAAAAGAACAGCGAAGGAUUACUGACCAGCUUGAAGAAGAACGGGCUCAGCACAAACAGCUCUCAUGUGCUUUGGCCAAAGAGUGCAAGUGGGCGAGUGCCAGGGCUCUGGAGGAGGGUCACCGGCUGACUGAGCUGAGCCGUAAACUUGACAAGGAAAAAGAGGCUUGUCAGGGCCUGAGGAAAGAGCUGGAGGAUGAAAGGAUGAGAGCUCUGAGGAUGGAGGCGAGGGUGGAGGAGCAGCUGGCUGAGUUUGACACAGAGCGCGAGCAGCUCCGUUCACGUUUGAAGAAGGAAGAAGCUCAUUGUCGACAGCUACAACAACAGGUAGAAGAGCUGAAGAGGAAGCUAGAGGAGGCGAACGUGAUGAAAGAAACGAAAGGAGCCAUUACUGCUCCAGUGGAGGCAGGAGGAAAGGAGUGGGCCACAAAAGUAUCUCCAGGAAAGACAUUAGUAGACACUAUUAAAGUUGACGACAUUGAGGAGGACAGAAGCCAGUCAAACGUCAAUGGUCACCAUCACCCGACGGAGACCAAUGGGCAUCAUAAUUCAAGCAACGCCCUCUCAGAGAAGACAUGCCUACAGAACGGCAAUGAAAAUCCUCCAGGUCAUCAGACCCAGAUGUCUUCCUGCAGUGCCGUGUCCCCGACUCUCCCUCUUUCUUCCCCCUGCGCCUCGCCUGUUCUUGCCAAACGCCCAUCAGGCAAUCCAAGUCCUGGGAGCUAUCAGUCUCCCUACCAGGCCGGGAUCAACCAGCGUUUCCACGCUGCUCGUCAUAAGUUCCAGGGUACCAACGAUCCAGAGCCACAGUCCCAGGCUAUUCAACCUACUUCUCCCUUAUCGCCAAAGGACCUCGCCCCUAUGGCGAGCAGCCCCUCCCCGGAGGCCAGCCCAGUGAAGCAGAUGGCCCGGAGCACAGUCACCCAAGUUCUGUCUCGCUUCACCACCGUCCAGCAGAGUGCCACUCCAAAGCUCACCACACAGAAUAACUCUCCCUUUGGCACAGACUACCGCAGCCUGGCAGCUCCCCUGUCUCCAGUCAUCGGAAGGGCUGCGGGGGCAGUUGCCCAGGGGAUCAGAUCGCCCACCAUCCCCAGGGCAGACAGGGGCAACCCUCCACCCAUCCCACCUAAGAAGCCCGGUCUAGCCCAGGCGCCUCCCUCCCCGGCUGCGGUGCCACGGUCUUCCAGCCAUUUCUCUGACAGUCCCCUCUCAGGCAGCUGUGGUCUUACCUCGAGCCAGGAGGGGGUCAAAGAACUGGACAUGGUGGUUUCAUCUAAUUAACCGAUCACUUGAUCCGCUAAUGAAUGAGUCAGCUGCUGCUUUGUUUGUGGCUUCAUGGUUUAAUCCACAGUUCAGAAUUAUGACUAAGAUACCGUCUCGUACAUGGCAAGAUUUAUAUCAUUUGGCUAUUUUAACAAAGGUCCCUUCAAACACUGUUACACCAUAUUGUAUUUAUUUUAAAUAUGUGCAGAGGUAAUAUUGUAGGUAGUAGUUAGGGGGCCUGUGCCAAUGAGCAAUUACAACUGAGUUUAACUGUAAAAAGGUGCCAAUACUGUAUCUUGGCCACAAUGUACUGUUGCGGUAAAUUCUUAGAGUGUCAUAUUUCCAAAGGAUACAUAACAAACUAAUUAACUGAUGAGGUUUUAGAUUGAUAUCGUUUUAUUUUAUCCUUGUACUUUGUGUCAAGUAUGUUGCUUGUUGUUAAUAAAUAAUCAUUUGUAAAUCAUUUUUGGACCGAUGUAUGUCACAGGCUCGUUUCAGAGUGCACUCAUGUUUUUGCUUUUAAAUAAAAUGUGUAGCUAAUUUUAUAAAACGUUCCUUAGUUAUUAACGUAUGAUAGUUUUAUACAACAGAUAAUCUGAGCAGUGCUGUACUCAUGUGUCAUACAUUGUUCUGUAUUACUUCAAUGUUACAUAGUUCUAAGAAUCGUAUAGGCUCAGAUUAUUUGCAGGCACCGUACAAGAUGUUGUUUGAGAUUAGUGAUUCUGAUGAAUGUCAUGUCUGUCAUUUAUAAGAAAUCACUGUGCAACACAAUAACAAGUAUUUUAUAGUCAGCCAUAUCUUUGAUUAAUAUCACAACCUGAUUGCCAUGUUGGUUAUCUCGACUAUUGUCAGAUUCUUUACAGUACUCUGUAGGCUUGAAAGGCUGGACAUAUUUAAUACAUUUAUCUUAAAGGCU